GAGCUGUCAGUGUCAAGAGUGGUAAACAUAAAGAAAGAAAACAAAAACGAGUCAUCAUCAGCGAUCUUUUCUAGUGCUUUCUUUGACUAUUUUACUAAAUGUGUCGCCACAAAAGCAAGUAUAUUCGCAAUAGACAAUGCCACCAGUAACAUCAAUGUGUGUUCAUUCGGAGAGCCGUGAAAAACAAGGGAAAAAGAAGUCGUCCAAAAAAUAACAGUUAUAGAAAGUUUGUCGUCGUCCGCGGAGGACAUUUCAUCGUCCUUUACUUCCACCGCUUCCACCAUACCGCACGUGUCUACCAAAACCUCACAGCAGCAGGACCAGCGCUAUUCAUCACAGCAUAAGGCACAGGAAGGCUCCGUGGUUCAAAAGGAGAUACUGAUUAGUGUUGGCGAAGCAUAAAGCUUCCCAUACCCUGAUAAAGAAAAAUUUACGGCGAUAAACACUAAUGUACAAACAGACCAAACGCCGAAGGUCCGUUCCAAUAAAAAUCUCAGUUCAGGGCGGCACGGUAGUUUUUUGAAGAAUACUGCCAGGCAGGAAAUUGAAUGGUGCACUAUGGUGUCACGAGAAGCUAAAGCGGAGGAUCUGGAGCAUACCAGUUCGAGGUGACCGUCAUCGACAAUGGCAGUAUGGAAAUUACGGAGAGCCAGCGGCAGUCAGCAAGAUGUUGCGAAAGUUUCAUCGUGAUUCCAUUGAAGCAGCCUUUGGUUGCAUUCCAGCAAACACUGAUACCGAUGACGGUUUGCAGAACUGGAGCAAUUAGAUUAAGACAAAUGCAAACUGGUGGAAUGAACCAGUGUCGAUGUCGAAGGAAGGCGUGUCCAUUGACUUCACCAAACAUGGACGGGAAAACAGUUUCUCGGUACGAGGUUAAGUAUGCGACCAGUAGCCAGGAAAUCAUGGACAAAUUUAAUACGGCUAGCCAAAUAUAGCACGGAUAUAAUCUCAACAAUCGGUAACACCAUUGACCAUGGGCUGAAGUUGCUGCUGCUGCUAUUCGCCGGACUAACAAGUGUUAAGGCUCUGUUCAAAUAUUACGUAACGCAAUAGGGGGUGGGGGGUUGUUU